AUGAACGCUUUCGGUCUUCUUUUGGCUCUCGCCGUCCUCUUCGCUUCUGCCGAGGCUGCCAACCGCUACGGAUGGCCAGACUCUUAUGAGAGAUUCCUUGAGAGACAAGGAGUCUGGGACUUCAAGAAGCACGAGGUGACUACUACCUACAAGCGUCGUGGAAGCUACGAGAAGGACCUUCGUGAUCUCUUCGACGACUGGAAAAAACAAACCCGUUGGGGACAAAAGGACUACCGCUCCAACAAGUACCAAGCUCCAAAGGGAGGAUUUGGACGUUACGGAUUCCCAGGAAAGUAA